CUUCUGUCCACUGCAAUGCACUCGAUCAAGACAAAUAGGCACUACUUAUUCACGAAAAGCGUUUCAGACUCACCUUCAGAGUCACACGAUGUGGUAGCAAGCUGUUUAUUUGCACAAAAACCACGGCUACGGGCUUCUGAUCAAACAAUAACAAUUGGUCUUCGGAAAUGUAGGCACGAGGCCGUACGCUUCAUAGUGUAUCCUAUAGGCAUAGCGAACCCCAGCCCUUUUGUCUUUUGUUCGACACUGCCGCCUAGUAUCUGUGCGUCUACCGUGCUAUUAUCUACUGAGCAAGCCUACCGCGGGUAGAGCAUGGCCAGUUCAAUUUGCCUCCAGUCAACUUCGCAUCCGGAUUCGGCUAUGUGGCACUUUUGUCCGAUCAUAUCUGCGCCCUCCUUCUGGGCCCUUUGGCACUUCCGUGUCCGGUGAUACUCUACGGAACAAUGACAAUGCUGCAUGCCAAAGGGCUGAAGCAAACUUUAUUCAAUUGGCAACGCAAGAUGACACGGCGCAAGAAGCCCAACGGAAUCAAUUAUGCAGAGUAGCGUCAAUUGGGACUCAUUUCUUGAUGAAAAGACAAUCGGGGAGAAGCUCCCAACUCUUGUAUAUAUUGCAGGCAACUGGCGCAUUCUGGAGUCCCCGCAAUUCUCUCCCUCGUCGUUUCGCCCUCUCUUCUAGACCUCUCUUGUGCGCCACAUAGGGGCCUUGCACAAUUAGUAGAAGCCUGUCAAAUCGUUCUCGUCUCUUUGCUCAGACCAGUUCAUCUUUUCCCGGUUAACUUAACAUACUACAAUGCAAGUCUACCAAACAGCUACGCAUGUGUCGGGCCCGGCGCUCGGAACCCACCCUGAGAACCGACACUCCCAACUCCUCACACCGGUUUCGCAUUUCCCAUCUCGCAUGUUGCCUCCUCCUGGUACGACGCCGCGCGUUCUUCCAGGCGCCGUGGGCUCCACACAAGGGCGGGCUAUCCCGUUGGGUUCCUCGGUCGAAGUGCGGCGUUUUAAUAUGCGGGCACGAGAAUGGAUGCCGUGGAUCCCGGGCGUCGUUGUCGGUCACCGUGUUGAGCGCUUCCACGUCGGUAUGGAGGUGGAUUUGUAUGAUGUGCAGACUUCCUACCCGCAUCCGUGGAUUGAGACGUACAUUCCGUUUGUCGGCGAGCUGAGAGAUGGACGGCAUUUCUGCCCAUCAGACAGUGCGCAGGAUAUGAUGGAUAGAGUUACGGACAUGAAAAAAGUGUUUGCAUGCGUCAACGUGCCGAAUCUGACCGGAUCGGGAGUGACGCCCUCAUGGUCACCUGCUAUUGUUAUGAGCAAACGAAGCGAUCCGAAUCCUCAGGUGUUUGUACUCGCAGGACCUUUACGCGGUCGAAAAUCCGUUCCAGCACCGCACAUCCUGCCAUACACGCCCGAGACGGCAGAUGCACUACGUAAAUCAGGCCAGGUCAUCUAUUUGGAGAAGGGUGCAAAUUAGCUACGCGUCGAAAUCGUCCCAAUGAGGCAAAGGCGAGGAUGACCGGCGUUGCUGAACGUCUGGCUACGUUUGGCGAUCGAGUUCCCAGGUCUGAGUCCGAGUUCCGGGACGCUUUGUGCUCUUCUCCUCUCAGUUCAAGAUUGUCUUCUGUCGACUGUUCCGUUCUUGUAUAUUUCCCCGACAUUUCUUUAUUUUCCGUUUUGUCUGUAUCAAUUUCUCUCGUAUUUUCAUCUCUUACUCUGCAUGAUGAUAUUGUUAUACACCGCAAUGAUCGACUUCUUUUCUUAUCUUCCCGAAUCCAUUUUUAUCCCUACCUCCCACUCCGUUACUUGGCCUUUUCACCUUUACAUUUUCUUACAACUUUCUCUCAUCCCCAUCCUAUUCCGUUCCAUCAACUUAAAGGGCGGAACAUCCUUCCUCUCCUUUUUGGGUUUCGGCUUUCUUGACGGACUUAUAAUGAAUUUUUAUGACGUGCACGCCGCCGUCCGAGAAUGACCGACAUGACACGUCCAUGGCCGUUGCUUCGUUAAUGGAGUUGGUUCAGUUGGUUCUAGCGGAUUGUGUUGUUUGGUCAUUUGCUUCCGACUUGCGAAAUACGUCCCUUACGAUACUUUUGUAUAAAACGUGUACUUUGUAAUCCAAAAAAUUACGACAGCACUUUAAAAUCUU